GUAAUGCGCUACGCGUCUGGAUUGCGACAUGACGUAUAUGACGUACACUGCCGUGCUUGGUUGGUGCGCAGAAGUGGCCGGUGAGAGUGUUGAUAUUUACUGGUAAUCAGGAUCCUGCUGAAGUACUUCUGCCCGGCACUGAGAUGUCCGAUCAGGAGGCAAAGCCUUCCAGCCAGUCGGGAGAGAAAAAGGAUGGAGAAUACAUUAAAUUAAAAGUUAUAGGUCAAGACAACAGUGAGAUCCAUUUCAAAGUGAAAAUGACCACACAGCUAAGAAAGCUGAAGGAGUCCUACUGUCAGCGGCAGGGUGUUCCUCCAAAUUCACUUCGAUUUUUGUUUGAAGGUCAACGAAUCACAGAUCAGCAAACACCUAAAGAGCUUGGUAUGGAGGAUGAAGAUGUGGUUGAAGUUUAUCAGGAACAGACAGGAGGAUGGUUGAGAGCCUAACUACUUGUCACUGUAUAAGAAUCUCGGACAUCUGUAUAAUUUCUUUAUUGUUUCUUGUUAGCUGUAAUCACUGAUUUUGUAUAAAAAAGAAAAAAAAUCAAACAACUUUCUUUCAUAUAGUUUGUACAACAUGUUGAUGCCCAGCUUGAAGUUCUUAUUUUCAGUAUAUUCUGUAACACAACCAAUUCCGUAUAUUUAGCAUAAAUGGCAAAGUGCCAUCUAAGAUUUUUUUAAAUAGAAACUUGUGAUUUGAGUACCUUGGCUUGAUAAAUUCAUAUUUUUCAUUGCAUAAAUAAGAACCAUUUUGGAUUCGCUUUUUUUCAAAUUGUAGGAAUAAAUGGAUUUAAGAUUGUUGUAUAAAAUUUUCUUGCAUUUAAAGGCAUAAUUUAAAACAUACAUUCCCAAAUAUAUUUGAAAUUGUAAGACAAGAGCAAAACGUAUCUUGUUUUAGCUCAUUUAGCUCAUAAAACAUCUGGUUUUAGCUCAUUUUUGGCCAGACAAAAUGUUGACAAUUCUUGUUCCAACACCAAUAGCAAGUGUGGAAAAAAGGAACAAAAACACUGUAUCAUGUUUUAGGUGGGUGUGAACUCGCAAGCUGUUUUAAGGAGUACAAGAGCAGUAAUCAUGCCACUGCACUGCAUUUAUAUUGCAUGUAAAAAUUCUUGUGAAAAGCAGAAUGAUAGAUGGUGCAAGACCAAUGUUUGUCCUGGUGCUUUCUGAUGGUCAAACUCUUUAAACAUUUUUAUAUUUUAAUAAAAUGUUUCUGGAGCAUUGAAAAUCUACAGUUAGCUCUGCACAAGGAUAUUUCCUUCACUUUCAAUCACUUCUUUGUAUAAUAGGCCGAAAAUCCUUUGAUUUUACUAAUGGUUCAAGGCAAACAGACUUUGGCAAACAUUAUGGCAAACAGACUUUACUGCCAUACUCAACUUUUCAAUAACAUUCAGUCAGUGAAAGGUUACAUAGAGAUUACCUGUAGAAAACAGUGGCAGGAAACAAUUCAGAUUUGUUAGGUCUUGUUCAUUGUAGAUAUCAAUUGAUCUAGUUAAACCUCAAGAGAACAUUUAUUUUAAGGGAUACUUCCUAAUUUACUUGCAAUCAUUAACUCCUUACUUUUUAUGGUAUAACUGAUGGUAGUUGCAACUUGGGGGAAACAAAAUAAAUUGUGUGUAUUUUAUAUGUGUUCGUGGUUUAUGAUCACUUCUUAUACAUUGGAAUGAAACGAUGCUGAGAAUCUAUAUUAAAAGAACAGAUAUUAAAAGAUGUAAAUGGAUUUGCGACAAAAAUAAAAGUUUUCAGACUACAGCACUUGCCAUUAUAGCAAUUCCAGCACAACCAAGCAAAAGUGUGUAGAAUACACUGUAUCAACAGAUACAUGAUUUAGAGAACAAUUGUAGUUUAAAAAAAAAAAUAAAUAACCUGAAUAAUACUUUUAAUCAUUUAAUCCAAGCCAAUAGGCUGCCCAAUUUUUGUGUUUCCUUUCACAACAUUUCCAAAUUUCUUAUACAGAUCUUAAAAAGAUAUGAAUGAGGGUUGUUCAACUUUAUACAUAAUCUUACAUUAAAAUGCUGAAUAAAAACAUGUUGAGGAAAUAAGUGACAAGAACACUUACUGAGAAAAUGUUAGCUUUUUGUUGUGUGUUUUACAACAACCUCACAAUGAAACCUGCAAGUUAUAUUUCAAAAAAAAAAUGUUUCCUCUGUUUAUGACUGUGGCAACUUAGUACUUUUGCAUCUAAGGCACAUUCUUAUUGAGCCCAGACUGCUGGGUUUUAAAUCUAGGUAUAUUAAGAAACAAAUUUGAAACAACCUCAAUCUAUGCUAUUGAGUACCAGAUCCAAUGGAGAAUUUUCCAUAAUGUUGAAAUACAGUCACCAAAAUCAUAUAUAUGUAUUUUGCAUGUAUUCCGUCAUCUAUCUGUGCCACAAAUUUCAGGCUUUUCUCCUGCUUUCUCUCUCCAUCUCAGGUAUCUUUAAAAUCUUGCUGACCAGGUUUUUGUUCACCUCUUAUUUUAUUGUGUGUGCCUUGGUAUCAAACUAUGAUUUGAUAAAGCUCCUUUAGAAUAUUUUACUUUGUUGAAGUUGUUAUAUCAAUGCAAUUUUCUGUUGAAAAUACAUGGCUUGCUUUUUAUUGCUAGCUUUGGACUGUUGACUUUGUUCAACAAGGCACGUUACUCUAAGUAACAAGGAAGCAAACCCUUUUCUUGCCAGUGCUGCAACUCAUAUAGGCAAAAUGUGACAAAUUCUAUUCUUUGGCAAAUCCUCCCAUUCUCCAACUGACGUAUGUAAAGAUUAAUUAUACAAUAAAUGCUGUGAUGGUA